GUUGCAUAUCAUAUUUGGUACAUUAUUAAGCAAAUAUAUUCACCAUGAAAUUGUGUUUGACUUUAUCAGUUUUAUUGUCAGUAAUUUUGGUCGAAGCUGAUGAAGGAAAGUACACCAGCAAAUUUGACAAUAUUGAUUAUAAAGCCAUUUUAGCAAGUGAAAGAUUGUUGUUGAAUUAUUACAAAUGCAUGAUGGACGAAGGACCUUGUACACCGGAUGGAAAAGAAUUGAAAAAAGUUAUUCCGGAAACAUUGGAGACUGAAUGUGGGAAGUGUACGGAAAAACAGAAGGCAGCCGCUAAAGAAAUUAUACAUUUUAUGGUAAACAACAAACUUGAGUUGUGGAAAAAUUUAUUGGAAAAAUACGAUCCCCAAGGUACUUAUAGAGAAAAGUAUCAAGAUGAAUGGAGAAAACAAGGAUAUCCUUUAUAGACAUAACAGUACUUUGUGGUUGAAUUUGAAAUAAAAUUAUUGGCAUUGAAUGUUUUGACUUGA